AGAUCCUCCUCUUCGUUCCAGGAACUGCACUCAAAUGCAGGUUGUGCUUUCUCGAAAGACAAAUAAUAUACAUCUGCUGGCAUCUGCGUGCUGAUUGCCUGACUUCGACGACCAGCCGCCCCGUUUCACCUAGCCCAGUGCGGCACAUUUGAAAGCGCGCAGGGCGAGGAUUAGGACGGCGUACGUCACAGCAACGCAGUGAAAGAAGCUAGCAUACCGAUUCUCAGCAUGGGUGUCAUCCAGCGCGAUUCCCGGGGAAGAUGCUUCGCCAGCAGGCGGAGCUCCACACAUCAACCCAAGGCUACCCAACAACCUAUGGCUGCUCGCCACAGCCACGACCUAAUACUCCAGUCGCGGCCUUUCGCGAAAACUACUGUUUCUCGCCUGGUGUUACUCGCGCUGGUGCUCGUCGCAUCCGUUGCGACGUGCCGUAGCGAUCCCGCGCUUCCGCAACCAAUCAGCCCCAGAUGUGACUAUAGCGAUGGUGAGUGGACGUACUCUAAGACGAACCCUCGAUACAAGGGCUGUCCGUACAUCCGCGAGAUAUUCGAUUGCAGGGACAACGGGCGGGGGGACCGCCGGUGGGAGCAGCAGAAGUGGUCACCCCGUUAUUGCGCAAUCAAGUACUUUAACGCGGCCAGAUUCCAGAAACUCAUGGCUAACAAGACAAUCGCGUUUAUAGGCGACUCGCUGAUGACCAACAUGUGGGAGAGCUUCUCGUGCAUGUUAUGGGGAUACAACAUCAAGAUGCUGCCCGUGCAGCAGCGACUGGGUCCCGAGGCGAAAUUCACAGGCUUCCACCUGCCCAAAUCCAACACCACCAUUCUGUACCGCUUCUCGUCGUACCUCACCAAGGCGUCGAGAAGCCAGGGGCGGGACCCCCUGCACGGAGGAAGACACGGCUACACUGUGGACGUCGAUAUAGUGGACCCCGUUUUAAGCGCAGCAGCGGCUAAAGUGGAUGCAGUGGUGCUGACGAGCGGGAUGUGGUGGCAGGCGAACGUUCCUGGAAGGAAGGUUUCCAACAUUUAUAAGAUGCAGGGCGUGGAUACGCUUUACUCGGAUUUAAACGCGUACAAAAAGUCACUGUACACUGUGCGAGAGUUGCUGCUGAAAUACAAGUCAAGCCUCCUCUCCUACUACAUCUCCUUCUCCCCCCAGCAUAAGUUCGAGCCCCGAUUCGCAACCCUGCCCGGCACAUGCGGUUACAGCCUCCCCCUCAAUCAAUCGGCAGCGAAGGCCUUCCUGAGCAACCAGGCUGCCAGUGCUGCCACGUAUACAGCAGCACAGCGCCAGGUCUUCACUUCCCCAACUCCUGUCAGACUUCUAGACAUUACUGCUAUUUCAGCAGCCAGGCCUGAUGGGCACGUGGGGCAGUACGGGGUGAAAGGGGGGCUGCCAGUGGGGCAAGUAGCGGAGAGAGGUGAUUGCAGGCACUGGUGCUUGCCGGGGGUUCCUGACUCCUGGGUGGAUUUGAUGCACACAGCUUGGGAGAAUGAGCCUGCCCUUGUAGAACCUGCUAACAGAAGGGCGUAGAGUAGGCUUAGAUGAUAGGUUUGGUACAUAGCUAUAGAUAGUGUGACAUUAUUUCCUAACCCACACUGUGAUGUUUAUAGUUUUGAGCAUAGUUUAAUGUGCAUGACUG